UAGGUUUACAUGUCUGAUGAACGCUACUAGGUUUACGAGUCUGAUGAACGCUGCUAGGUUUACGAGUCUGGUGAACACUGCUAGGUUUACGAGUCUGAUGAACGCUGCUAGGUUUACGAGUCUGAUGAACGCUGCUAGGUUUACGUGUCUGAUGAACGCUACUAGGUUUACGAGUCUGAUGAACGCUGCUAGGUUUAUGAGUCUGGUGAACGCUGCUAGGUUUACGAGUCUGGUGAACACUGCUAGGUUUACGUGUCUGGUGAACACUGCUAGGUUUACGAGUCUGAUGAACGCUGCUAGGUUUACGAGUCUGGUGAACACUGCUAGGUUUACGAGUCUGAUGAACGCUGCUAGGUUUACGAGUCUGAUGAACGCUGCUAGGUUUACGUGUCUGGUGAACGCUGCUAGGUUUACUUGUCUGGUGAACGCUGCUAGGUUUACGAGUCUGGUGAACGCUGCUAGGUUUACGUGUCUGGUGAACGCUGCUAGGUUUACGUGUCUGGUGAACACUGCUAGGUUUAUGUGUCUGGUGAACGCUGCUAGGUUUAUGAGUCUGGUGAACGCUGCUAGGUUUACGAGUCUGGUGAACGCUGGUACGUUUACGUGUCUGGUGAACGAUGGUAGGUUUAAGUGUCUGGUGUACUGUGGUAGAUUGACAUGUCUGCUGAACGCUGCUAGGUUUACGUGUCUGGUGAACGCUGCUAGGUUUACAGGUCUGACGUACUCAGGUGAACACUGGGGAGUUAUUCUGGUGCCGGCAGUUAAACAGGCUGUUCUGUGGACCUGUUUACGCUGUAUAAUGCAGUGGGGCUUUGAGUUCUCUUUCCAGGCUGAGAGAAACGGCUGA